AUGGAGCGCUCCGAAGGAGCCCCUGAGCCGGCCGGGGUGGCGGAGGCCGGAUCAGGCGUCGGGGAGGUGGGUCUCUUCUUGGAGAUGAUACUCUUUGUUACCGCUUUCGCUCAAUUUCUUGUUCGAUCCGCCGAACUCUUUAUGACUGCUUUCGCUCAUAUGAUUUUUGGCGACGAACACUUGUUCGAUCCUCCAAACUGUUGCUCGUUUGGGUGGGUAUCAUCAGGAUGGUGGUGGGGGCACCUUAUGUGAGAGAGUUGCUGUUAUUGAAAAGAAGGCACUCCUGGUUAUUGGCGUGCCUCGAGUAACUCGUAUAUCCCACUGAACAGUGGCGGAGACGACAGUUCAGGAAUUCCGAACUUUUUCUGCGAUUCUGUUCUUGGGUUUUGAUGAACUGGCUGGACCUGUUGCCUUGUUGAGUCGAGGAUUGAAGCUACUGAUGAAGCUGUAUGGGUUGCCUCUGUGAGAUCCACCACAUGCAAGUUGCGUUAUUAAUUUCGGUUUUCUGGUUCUCAUUGAUCCAAGCCUUGUGGCUCCGAGUUUGGGGCCUCGGAUUUGGAAAUCUCACGAUUUCUUUCUGUUCUCGGUGGAGGUUUUGGUGAUUUUUCUUUUAAUUAUCCUAAAUGGGAAGCAAGGAUGUAAUUUUUUUUUUUAAAAAUCGAGCUUUGGCCUCGUGGGCUGCAAAUCCCCUCAACUCUUUCGUUUUUUUUUUUUUUCAAUUUAUUCUCGAUUUUUUACUUGACUGGAUUUCCACAAUGGCUUUCCCAGACGGCAAGCCAGGAUGGAGGAAGUGGCAGGGAAAUUCAGCCGAUAUUGCAUUCAAGACGGCCAAAAUUGCCCACAUUGGAAAUACCAGCGAGGUCCCUUGAAGGGCAGAUGCCCGUAUCCUCAAGAGUCUCCAAUCCUCUUGCAUCUACGCCAAAUUCCCUCAGAGCGGGCUUGCCGCCAAGGCCCAAUUCAGCAAAGGCCAAGCCAUCCACGAGAAACCUCCUUCCACAGAGGAGCCUGAGGGCGAAAACGCCAACUGCAGAGUGUGAAAGAGUCGGUCUCCUCGGUUCAGCAGCUCCCAUGUCGGAUUUUUCUCAGGACAAGCCUUCAACUUCUCGGCCCUUUUCCCUUACUCGGGUCUUCUCAUCCACCAUGGGAAAGGGAACACACUCCAUGCCCGUGACGCCAGUUUCUGGUUCCGGCCUGGUUUCUGUGCAGGGCAGUCACGUGGUUGAUCUUUCUGGUUUGGAGGUGAGUUUUUCUGAGGACUUCCAGUUUAAUCAAUACGAUUAGCCCCAUAUUCGUUAUUAAGAUGAUUAUAAUUAUAGGUGAAUGAAAGCUAUGGACCAGUGAACAGCUGAUCAUUUCCAAAAUAUGGAGAAAUUUGGGCUCAUGAUCCUUUCAUUUUUUUAUUAAUUAAUGUUAGUUUAUGUGGAUUCCAGUUGAACCUUUCCUGACAACCCUUGGAACAACGCCUGUGGGCAAAAUACAUGGGCUUAUUUUGCAGAAAGAACCCCAGAAGCCUAUCAUUCGUUCCAUGUCAGUCCCCAGUAAUGUCAAAGGUGGAAGCUUGCAUCGGAUGAACUCUCUGGGAGGGCGCUUCCGCAUUGUCCAAGCAACUCCCAGUCCAGUUGUUGUUGACGCUCCCUCUGCAGAUGACUCAACAACGAAAACGGCUGGUGAUUGUGCUUAUUACUGGGCCAUCAUAUUUCAUCUAAUGUGUUCUUCCUUGAGUGAAGCAUUAUGUCUAGUGUUCAAUUUUCUCUAGGCAUUCCAUCCCUCCUACAAUGGCUGAAGAUGGGCCUUUCUCUCGGCUUUAGCCAAUUUCAGCAAAAAACUAUUUUUUCUUUUUUUUCCCCCUGUUCUCAGCAGCUGAAGAUGAUGGGGAAGACAUUCCCGAAGAGGAGGCAGUCUGCAGAAUCUGCUUUAUUGAGCUGGCUGAGGGCGGGGAGACUCUCAAGAUGGAGUGCAGCUGCCGAGGGGAGCUGGCGCUCGCUCACCAGGAGUGCGCAGUGAAAUGGUUCAGCAUCAAGGGUAACAAGACAUGUGACAUCUGCAAGCAAGAGGUCAAGAACCUGCCUGUAACACUGCUCAGAAUUGAAAACCCCACCACCAGCAGACAGCAGUCAGCUACUCUCCAGCCAGGAGAGAGAGCCCAACUAAGGUGAAUGGCCCUCAUCGACCAUGGUGUAGCUCUGCGAUGACACGCUUCCGGAAUUUAUUUUUAAAUAAUCUCACUGAAUCAUGCUCAAGAACACCACCAUCCAACGAGAAAUAUCAUCACAACAUGAACCAUAAUUAUUCUUAUGCGUGUUCACACAUAGGCAACAUGAUUUUCCUUUUAUUUUACGCAUUUUUUUGCCCAUCUUUGGAUAGGUUUUGGCAGGACGUACCAGUUCUUGCCAUGGUUAGCAUGCUGGCGUACUUCUGCUUCCUGGAGCAGCUUUUGGUAACAAAUUUAACAUGGGUUCUUGCAGAAUUGAUCGUUUUAUAUCCCUGCUUUUCGUUCUUGUGGUUACUGCUGCCUAAUUAUCGGUGACGUAGAUGCCUCGCUAAAAUGAAAGCAGGUUACGGAUAUGGGCUCGCGUGCUCUUGCUGUGUCCUUGCCUUUUUCUUGUGCGCUGGGCUUCCUAUCAUCCGCCAUAGCUUCCACGAUAGGUAAGCUAUCAUGCCAGUGGGUUUCUUCUUCACAACAUUGGCCAGUGAGGGAAUGCCAGUGAAUUAUUUGUUUAGUUUUUCCUUAUAUCUAUAUAUAGCUAUGUGUUUAAUCCGAGACAGUUAUAUAUAGUUCCAUGGUAUCAUGAUUUCAUAAUCCACCACCAAUUUGCAGCUAUUAGUUGUGGAAGACGAAUUAUUCCAUUCAAUACUCAUCAUUUGCUUUCUCCAUCCUCUUGACAAGAUCGUUUCCAAAUCAUUUGAACCAUCUCAAAUGGUUCUUUGCAGACUUUCUUUCAGACUAUAUUGCUCUGUUGGCCUACCCUCCCUAUCUCUUGAUGGGUUGUUCCAUACACCAAGUAAAUAAAAGUAGGCAGUUAUUCUCAAAUUAAGAAGUAUACGAGAGAGCGCAAAGUAUCCAUUUUUCUGGUGAGAAAUUGUCCACAUGUCUCCACUCUUCACGGAGAGAGGUGCUCUUGCGAUAGGCGAAUAUCUCUCUUCUUGUUACUUCCCUGCUAUUUUCCUUCAAUUUUUAUUUCACGAAGAAACAAAAAACGAAUUUUUUUCUUCGUUUUUUCUCCAAUUAGGCGCCACAAGUAUGAGAUUUUUUUUGUUUUUGUUUAAUCUCGAAUAGAUUGUGUGUCGGUCUCAAGACAGUGUUUUAUUGAUGCAGUUAUCAAGAGUUAUGUGUGGGCAUAUGCUUCCUUUCAGUUUGCAUUGGUCAUCUUGUUCUCCUACGUCUACUACAACAUGGUAUGGAUGAAUCUGCUGGCAUCAAUCAAACUCCUCACCUGAAUGUUUCGUUGACCUUGGAAUGGUUAGGAAAGAUGAUGCCGUAUGUUUGUGAUGGUUGCAGCUGAAAAUGACCCCUGUUCUCUCCAUUCUACUUUCUUCUCUGACCGGCUUUGGCAUUGCGAUCUGUGCAAAUUCCUUAGCCGUGGAAUUCUUGAGAUGGAAAGAGAGAAGAACUCCGUUGACUAUUCAACAGAAUCAUGGGGCGAAUGAGGGAGCUGAAGCUGCAGAUGGCGCUGGCCUGCGAGAACGUGGAAAUCAUGGCCAGCAGGAUCAUUCUUCUGGUCAGGGAUGA